AUGUCGUAUUUAGCCUCUCUCGUCCGCCGGCGAAUGAGGCCUCUCACGCUUCAGCCCAGACAAUUCUCAUCCACUGCUCCGGCAAUUUCAAUCUGCCGGCCAAGCUCGAGGAUCGAGAAGAUUCUAAUCGCGAACAGAGGCGAAAUUGCAUGCAGGAUUAUCCGCACCGCCAGGAGGUUGGGGAUUCGAUCCGUCGCCGUUUACAGCGACGCCGACGAGGGCAGCUUGCACGUCAAGCUGGCCGAUGAAGCUGUUCGCAUCGGACCUCCCCCAGCUCGGCUCAGCUAUCUCAGCGCCCCGUCGAUUAUGGAAGCUGCGGCUCGAACAGGCGCUCAGGCUAUCCACCCAGGUUACGGUUUUUUGUCGGAAAGUGCCGAUUUCGCGCAACUUUGUGAAGAUGAGAGUUUCACAUUUAUUGGACCUCCUGCAUCUGCAAUUCGUGACAUGGGUGAUAAAAGUGCUUCAAAGAGAAUAAUGGGUGCAGCAGGAGUACCCCUUGUACCUGGAUAUCAUGGUGAUGAACAAGAUGUUGACAUGAUGAAAAUAGAAGCGGAUAAAAUUGGAUAUCCUGUAUUGAUCAAGCCUACUCAUGGAGGUGGAGGAAAGGGAAUGAGGAUUGUACAAAGCCCUCAAGAAUUUGUUGAUGCUUUCCUUGGAGCACAAAGAGAGGCUGCUGCAUCUUUUGGGGUAGAUACAAUUCUGUUGGAGAAGUAUAUAACAAAACCAAGGCACAUAGAAGUCCAGAUCUUCGGGGACAAGCAUGGUAAUGUCAUACAUCUAAAUGAGAGAGAUUGCAGUGUGCAGAGGAGACACCAGAAGAUUUUUGAGGAAGCUCCUGCUCCAAGCAUUAGCAAUGAUUUUCGAGCUCAGUUGGGCCAAGCCGCUGUAUCUGCUGCCAAGGCAGUCAGGUAUCACAACGCCGGCACUGUUGAGUUUAUAGUCGAUACUGUUUCAGGAGAAUUCUAUUUUAUGGAGAUGAACACCCGUCUUCAGGUGGUUGAACAUCCUGUGACUGAAAUGAUUGUUGGCUAUGAUCUUGUAGAAUGGCAAAUACGUGUAGCGAAUGGGGAACCCCUUCCAAUCAGUCAAUCUGAGGUGCCUCUGAUGGGUCAUGCGUUUGAAUCGAGAAUAUAUGCCGAGAAUGUCCCCAAAGGAUUUCUACCGGCAACUGGGAUUCUUCAUCAUUAUCGUCCUGUUCAAGUUUCAUCGGAAGUUAGGGUUGAGACCGGAGUUGAGCAGGGAGACACUGUUAGUAUGCAUUAUGAUCCCAUGAUAGCUAAACUUGUGGUAUGGGGAGAAGAUCGAACAAGCGCAUUAAUCAAAAUGAAGGACUGCCUGUCAAUGUUUCAGGUUGCUGGUCUGCCAACCAAUAUCGAUUUCCUCUUGAAAGUUGCGAGCCAUAGAGCUUUCCAAAAUGGAGAGGUCGAAACCCAUUUUAUCGAGACGCAUAAAGAUGAUCUAUUUAUUGAUCCGAAUGACCAGUUAUCAAAUCAGCUAGCGUAUACUGCUGCUUUACGAGGGGCUGCCAUUGCAGCUGCUUGUGUUUGUGAAAAGAAGCACAGGGCAAUGAGGGAAAAUGCCCCUGGUAGUAAUCUUUCUGUAUGGUACGGUAGUCUUCCUUUCCGAGUGAAUCACAGUGCUAAGCAGACAAUGGAGCUUGAAUGGGAAGAUGAAUCUGUCAAGGCUGGCCUAAAACUUCCAUCAGUACAAAUCACUUAUUUGUCUGAAGGGAAAUAUGUAAUUGAGAUGGGAGGAAGCAGUUCUGAUAAUCUCGAGCUGAAAGUGGCACACCUAAGGGAUCACGAUUUUCGAGUCGAGCACGGUGGUGUAAGCAUGACUGCCAGCAUAUCCAUUUACCGUAAGGACCAGGUGGAGCACAUUCAUGUAUGGCACGGCUCGAGCCAUCAUCAUUUUAAACAUAAAACGGGACUCGAUCUUGCUGGCAUCGAUGACUCCCAACACAAACCUGCUGACAAGGCAUCAUCAUCCUCACAUCCGCCUGGAAGUGUCGUUGCACCUAUGGCCGGUUUAGUGGUCAAGGUUUUGGUGAAGGAUGGGGCACAAGUUGCCGAAGGGCAACCUGUAUUAGUUUUAGAAGCAAUGAAAAUGGAGCAUGUCGUGAAGGCAUUGACUGGUGGUUAUAUUACUGGUCUUACUGUAACUCCUGGCCAGCAGGUUUCGGAUGGUACUGUUCUGUUUAGCAUAAAGGGCGAGUGA